AAAAUGUCUCCAUCCCUGAAGGUCUCCAACAGCUCCAGAUCCCAGGUCUCUGAGUUCAUCCUCCUGGGCUUCCCAGGCAUUCACAGCUGGCAGCACUGGCUUUCUGUGCCACUGGCUCUGCUGUACCUCUCAGCAAUUGGGGCAAACAUCCUCAUCCUUGUCACCAUCUGCCAGGACCCUUCCCUGAAGCAGCCCAUGUACCUUUUCCUGGGCAUCCUUUCCGUAGUGGACAUGGGCCUGGCCACCACCAUCAUGCCAAAGAUCCUGGCCAUCUUCUGGUUCAAUGCCAAAGUCAUUAGUCUCCCUGAGUGUUUUGCUCAGAUCUAUGCCAUUCACUGUUUUGUUGGCAUGGAAUCUGGUAUCUUCCUCUGCAUGGCUUUUGACAGGUAUGUAGCUAUUUGUCACCCUCUUCACUAUGCAGCAAUUGUGACCAAUUCCUUAAUCUUAAAAGCCACUGUGUUUAUGGUGCUUAGAAAUGGCCUGUUUGUCAUUCCCGUGCCUGUGCUUGCAGCCCAGCGUAAUUAUUGUUCCAAGAAUGAAAUUGAACAUUGCCUGUGCUCUAACCUCGGGGUCACCAGCCUGGCCUGUGAUGACAGGUGGGAAAAUAGCAUUUGCCAAUUGGUCUUGGCAUGGCUUGGAAUGGGGAGCGAUCUAGGUCUCAUCAUAUUGUCCUAUGCCUUGAUUCUGCACUCGGUACUGAGAUUGAACUCGGCUGAAGCUGUAUCCAAGGCUCUGGGCACUUGUAGCUCCCAUCUCAUCCUCAUCCUCUUCUUCUAUACUGUGGUCGUAGUGCUUUCAGUAACCCACCUGGCAGAGACGAAGACUAUGUUGAUUCCAGUUCUACUCAAUGUGCUGCACAAUGUCAUCCCUCCUUCCCUCAACCCUAUGGUCUACGCGCUCAGGACCAAAGAACUUCGGGAAGGUUUCCAGAGGUUGUUUCGUUCAGGUUUGCAAAAGAAAUAA